AUGUGCGACACCGUGAUCGCGGGGGGAGCCGGUAAAAUCAGAGACGGCAAAAAAUGGAAAAGCCGCUGGCUGGUGCUUCGCAAACCCUCACCGGUAGCAGAUUGUUUGGUGCUGUACGUGUAUAAGGAGCGUGGAGUGAAGGAGCGGAGCAGCGUGACGUUGGAGCAGAUCUGUGGUCUGGAGGCGCGCGUCUGCGAUGAUGAUGCCGUUACCUUCAUCCUCUCAAUCCUCUGUCUCACUCAUACCACAGUGCUUGGUUUUGACAACAGGGAGGCGCUACAGAGCUGGGAUCUGCGACUGCGCUAUUGCCUCGGGGAAGUCCACAGUUUCAAUGUCUUUGUGCUGCCCGGCACUAAACUGGAAAGCGGCCCUGCGACUCUUCAUUUAUGCAACAAUCUGCUGGUGAUCGCUAAAGAUCUGCCGGCGGUGAUCACCGGUCACUGGAAUCUACUGGAUCUGCGGCGAUACGGCCCGGUGAGCAACGGCUUUGUGUUUGAGGGAGGAACGCGCUGUGGCGUCUGGGCUGGCGUCUUCUUCCUGUCGUCUUCUGAUGGCGAGCAGAUCAGUUUUCUGUGUGAUUGCAUUGUUCGUGGGAUUUCUCCAUCCAGAGGUCCGUUCGGACUGAAGCCACUGCUCCCAGAGUGUGGUAUCAGUGCAGUUUCAUUACAGGACAGAUUGAACCAUGAAGCAGAGGAGCUGGAGAGGAGGAUCAGUCUUCUGUCUUAUUCCUCAGCUUCCAGUUCCAGUGUUGGAUCUUUGGUGACAGAAGACACUUGUAGCAUAUCUGGGUCAUCCGAUACUUCAGACACCGGACAUUCAGAGUGCAGCGUCAGCAGUCGACCCGCACUGUGGCCUGUUGAGCCGGUCCCGCUCAACUCAUCUGAAACAUCUCACCCAAUCACACCAAGAACAGCAUCUCAGGGGGAGAAGGCACCGUUUGACAGCUUGAGUGAUGGGUUCCGGGUCCCAGAAGAUCUGGUCCGCUCUCGAAAGCUGAAAGAGACCGGAAGACAGAACUCAUCCGAUAGCGGCAUAGCAACGGGAAGUUUCUCUUCCUACAGUGGCAGUUUGGAUGCAUGUGUUGCUGGGAAUGAUUAUAGCACACUGCUCAAUCUACCACCACCCGCUAACCCAGAGCAACACUUGUGCACCUGCCCACCCUGUCCUGCUCAUGAGUACCAGGUGCCCUCAUCUCUGCGAUACCUGUAUGACACGCCCCGCAAGCUGCUGGAGAUCACCAGGACCGCUGAGUGCUCCAGAGACAAGAGCAGAUCUACAGAUGAUACUGGAUCUCCGGAGAGUGAAAAGACUGAGCUAUCAGUCAAGACACAGCCUCAAGUUUGUUCUGAAUUUUUCAGCCAAUCAGAUUCAGACUCAGCCCUGAUACACACAUGGGAGGGUCUAAAGAAAGGGGAGGGGCCUCAGGGUAUGAACUUUGGUGAGACUGCAGACUGUCCUGCUGCCAGUCCUAAAUCACUCUUUAUCACCUGCUCUGUCUGUGGAGGACUUAAGAUGACACAUCUGCCUGAAAGGACUCCACUGCCCGCAGUGUCAGGCAAACAAUCAGCCCCGCCCACCAGUGAUGUCAUCACACACCCCACCUAUCAGAAGUCUGAGGCUCUCAGAAAACCUUGCGUAUCAUCGACUUUUCACAACCAAUGGAAGCUGACAUCUGAGCGUUCACAGACCAAUGGUUAUGUUUCCGGUCUGUGUGAUCUCCUGACACACUACAGUUCUGCUGAGCAACACAGAAGCGUUUAUGAGUCGAUGUCAUCAUCUGUGGUAGGGUUGGAGUCGAGGCGUCCUGCUCACAGCACACACGCUCUUCUCUAUGAGAACUGUCUUCACUGCAGGAGAGGAGAGAACCGAUGCCAUCUUCCCAAAAUAACACCUCCAUCAAAAGAUCAGGACACUAAAGAACCGAAGAGAAACCAGUCAAACAUCUCAGAGUCUCUCUGUCUCUCAGAUGAGGAGCUCAGUGUCUCUCUGCAACAAACCAAUGAAGAAGAUAAGAGGACAGAGAAAGGAACAGCCGAUUCUGAAGCUAUGCAAAGUCAAAUGACGCAGAGAAGCUCAGAGUCAAUUGGAGGUUGUGGUGGAUCACAGCUCAACUCUCAUCAUCUAACUGAAGGUGGAUUGUCUGCGUUACCUUUGGAUGGUUUGGUGAGAGGAGACUCAGUAACAUAUGUGAAUAUUCCCAUCAGUCCUCUAUCCAAAAAACAGCUGAAUUACAUGGAGGUGGAGCAGCAUCAGGAGCCUGGUACAGCUAUCAGAGGAAGAAGCUCCAGUAAAUACGCUCAGAUUGACAUAACAGCGACCGAGGCAGCGCACAGAGCUGGUACCCAGCAUGCACUGGGGCGAGAGGAGGGACUACAGAGGAGAAGAGGAGGAGCACCGCAGUGAUGUCAUCAGAUGCUGUCACACCUCCUCCAUUCAGUAACAAACUGAAAGACUUUUAUCUGGAUCAUCUUAUUCUGAAGAUCUCUAGAGAAACUGACCAAACACUGUUUAGCUUUGUUAUACUACAAAAAUAUUUUGAUUUAACUUCACUCUACUGUACAUACAGUAUGGUUAGUCAUAGUCUUUGGUUUUUCUUAACAAAUGCAUUUUACACAGAUUAUAAUGAAUCGUUUAUGGUAUUGCUAAAAAAGUAUUGCUAAGCCAGACCUGAUCAUUCUUUGUAUAGCAGACAGUGUGUGUUAUAAUGUGUGUUUAGAUGUGUUAUCAUCAUGAGGACUUUAUGCUUUUUAUACUGAGCUCAUGCUAUUUUCUUUAUCAAUAAAAUAUCAUUUAGUAUGUUUAUUUAGGGGUAGAGAGCUGGAGGACAUCAUUUGGGGAUUUCAUUCAAGAUGAUGUGAUAGUGUAUUCAUGUUACACUAGGUGGCGCCAAAAUACAUAGAAUGUCUAACUGGGUCUAGAUGAGUAGACAGUCUCAUCCAUUUAGGGCACAUCCAUACUGUCACAUUAAUUGAGAGAAAGAGUAGUUUCAUUAAUAAUAACAUUUUAAAAGUUCAUCCUAAAUCAGAUAUGGUCUGGUGUCUAAGAGCUUCUUAGGAUAUUAAUAAGUAUAUAACAUUCUCAGUGUUUACAUCUCUUGUAAAACAUGGAUGUUUCCUGCUGAUGAUUUAGUCAGAAUGUAUUGUACAUGUCCAGUGUGCGGUUAACUGCACAAAAAAUAUGAAAGGAUACAGAAGAAGAGACCACAACCAAUUAUGAAGAGAACCACAAAAACCUCAAUACAUUUAUCAUAUCUGCAAGCAGAGAGAACAAGCCACCAUUAAAUCAAUCAAAGAAAUGUUUCAGAGAAACUCAUGACCUUUUGAGCUGCUAAUGCAUUGCUCUACCACUAAACUAUACAGGAGCCCAUAAUAUAUAUAUUUAAUUUCAUUGUGUAUUUUACUCCUGUGUAUGUUUUGCAUUUUUGUAUUAUCUCUUUUUAUACUGUUUGAUAUACUUUCUGCAUUAUUUCAA